CAGAGGAAUCAUUUUUAACUGGCCAACGCUAAAACCCUCGUGAGACCGACCAGAAAAAUCCCAAAUUCCCUUCAGAACCUCGUCUGAGCUCCGAUUCCACCAGCAUGGGCCUCCUCUCUUGGUUCAGAGGCUCCCCGAAGCCCCAAUCCGAUCCCAAAUCCAUCAGCUCGCCCCCGAAAUCCGCCGCCGUCGCCGAGGUCCCCGGCCUUAACGGCGCAGUGGAGGUGGCCCGGCCGGGGAACGUGACUGUGUUCGAGUUUGGGUCCGUCGCUGUGACUGCGGACAAGGUCACCCUCGCCGGCUAUUGCCCCGUGUCCGACGAACUCGAGCCUUGCCGGUGGGAGAUCCUUCCUGCCAGUGGGUCGGACGCGCCCCAGUUCCGCGUGGUCUUCUGAGAGCGGAUCGAGAGGGAAAUUCGGCUGCCUCUGUUGUAAUUGGAGUGUUAUGGAAUGGAGAAAAAAUGUUACCUUUGUACGAAUAUUCAAGGUUUUAAUUCGAUUCUUCUCAUCAUGAUUUGCCCAAAAUAUGGACUUUUGGAUCUUGAA